GCAAGCAGUGCUCUCUCUCCCUCUCCCUCUCCCUCUCUGAAAGCUUCAUCUGCAGCAAGCUUAUCUGAUUAAUCAUAGUUGAGAGCCAACCAUGGCGGACCCAGCUCCUCUGCUGCAAGACAUGCCUAAGGGUUUCAGAUUCCUUCCCACCGAUGAAGAGCUCGUCCGUCACUGCCUCCACCACAAAUUCAUGAACGAUGAUCCUUCCAUUCACGACACCAUCCCUGAGAUCGACGUUUGCAAGCACGAACCCUGGGAAUUACCAGAGUUUUCGCUGAUCAAGUCGGACGACCCACAAUGGUUUUUCUUCAGUCAUCUCGAUUACAAGUACCCUGGUAGUAGUACUCGAUCUAAUAGGGCAACGUCGCUGGGCUACUGGAAAGCCACCGGUAAGGAAAGGAAAAUUACAGAACGAGGCACUCACAAUGUCAUUGGGACCAAGAAGACUCUGGUUUUCUACGAAGGUCGUGUUCCUGGCAUUAAAACUAAUUGGGUUAUUCAUGAAUAUCAUGAUGCUCUCUUUCCUCCAAACCAGAGAACCCAUGUUCUAUGUAGGUUAAUGAAGAAAAUCAAGAAUGAAACAAAAGGAAAGAUGGAUGAACUAGUUUGUGAUAGAAGGGAGCCAAGUAACCAUAUGGUUGUUGAGUAUGAAAAUCAAGCAACUACGCAUGUGAUUCCAGAUGUACGCAGACAAAUUCUCGAGAUACACAAUUUCUCAAACAUGGAUUCAAUGAUUCAAACACCACUUGAUUUUGAUUCAACCGAUGAGACGCCCCAGGAGCCAGAAGAAGGAUUUGAUUUCAGUUCAUUCUUGCUGUUGUCUCCAAGAUUGGAUGAGCAAGAGUAAUUGGAAAUGAUAACAGCAUCAGAUAUGCAUUAACACGUGAAGAAAGGAAGACUAUAUAUGUUGAACUAAAGGGUAAAGAAUUGAGGUGUAUCUUUUAAUGAUUUAACUCGUUGAACGAGGGUUUUAUAUAGUGGGGUUGGUCUGUUGUAAGUCGCAACUUACUUCUGAUUAUAUGAAGUUUACAUAAUACGAUUUUGUAUAUCUAGGUUUA